AUGGCGAAUAACAGAACUCUGAUCAUUGACGACCUCAAAGUUUGUCACGUAAAUUGCCAGUCUCUAGUUGCGCACCUGGACGAGUUCAGGACUUUCUUCAUGUACUCUGGAUAUCACAUAAUUUGUCUGUCCGAGACCUGGUUGCGCCCCGAGGUCACGGAUGAUUUUGUGAAUUUCGAUGGCUUCCAGCUCUACAGAUGGGACCGCGUGGGCCUGGUCUACCGACCACCUCACUGUGGCGAUCUACAGGAAUUCUGUGAUGCCUUCCGGGAUCUUAGCGUUCUUUACUCGCACUCUGUCAUCUUCGGCGACUUCAACGCUGACCUCUCUACGGCCUCCUUCGAUGCCGGGCGGGUCCUGGACUUCGUGGACUGCGCCAGUUUUUACUUGAUACCGUAUACCAGCACCCACCAUACCAGGUCAUCCUCCACGUGGUUGGACCUUUGCAUUGUCGACGACUCUGAGAAGGUCGUCAGCUACGGACAGCACGAUGUCAGCUUCCUCUCCUCGCAUGAUCUUAUACACAUCACCUACAAAAUCAAGGUCGAUCGAACUCAGGCUAAGGACAUCUGGGCAAGAGAUUUGCGGACCUUUGACUUCGGGGAGUUCACCAGGGACCUACUGGCGAAGAACUGGACCAGGUUCUAUGAGGUCGAUAGCGUCGAUCAUAAGGUCGAACUCUUCAACUCCUUCCUCUUGGAGAGCUUCGACUUGCACGCACCUGAGCGCCUCAUCAGGCCCCGCAAGCUUCCGGCACCCUGGCUCAGCGAGGAGAUCAAACGCAGGAUGCGCGAGAGGGACAGAGUCAGAGGACAGUGGAGAAAACACAAAUGCGACCGACUACACCGCUUGUUCAAGGAUCUCAGGAAUGAGGUCCAGAUCCUCGUUAGGAAUGCUAAGAAGAGCUACUUCACCAACUUCUUCAGCAAUUGUAGCGACCCUGGCACUGCAUGGAACGAGCUGAGACACCUGGGUAUCAUCAAAUCUAAGAACUCAGGAAGACCACUACCAUGCUCAACUGAGGAGCUUAAUCUAUAUUUCUCCUCCACUGGCGACCGAGGGGAGGCUCUUGACUCUGUGUUGCCCUGUAUUGGUGGCGUGGGCCUGGACGAAAACAAGUUCUUCUGGAGCGGCGUGACACCUGAGGAGGUUGUUUCCGCACUCUCUGGCGCGAGCUCUCGGGUUAGGGGCAUCGACAGACUUCCUAGCCGACUACUGCGUAUCGCUCUUCCCUGUCUUCUGCCUGAAAUGCUACACAUCUUCGAGUCCUUUUUCACGCUCAACACCUUUCCGACUUUGUGGAAACGUGCGCUGGUUGUGCCUCUGCCCAAGGUUCGGGUGCCUGAGGCUCCUCAACAUUACAGGCCUAUUUCCAUUUUAUGCAGCAUCUCUAAGUCGGCCUACAAGCGUGGUUUCUCCACUCAGACCGCGCUGAUCAGGGUGCUGGACGACGUGAGAUCUGCCGCUGACAAAAGGAUGGUCACAGUAUCCGUCUUCUUCGACUUCAGCAAGGCCUUCGACUGCGUCUCUCACAGACUGCUUAUCACCAAACUGGCAGCACUCGGCUUUUCAAACUCUGUUCUGCACUGGCUCGGCUCAUACCUUUCCGACAGAUGUCAAGCAGUGAGAGAUACCUCGAGUGGCAACGUGUCUUCCUUCAUAGAGAUGGGAAGCGGAGUGCCUCAGGGCUCCGUUUUGGGACCACUUCUUUUCUCAUUGUUCCUCUUCGACUUCAGGCAUGUUCUUCAGCACUACAUUGAGCGGAUCAUCUUUUGGACCUUAGAAAGCAAGCUGAGACUCAAUCCCGGAAAGUCCAAGGCUGUAAUUUUCGGUACUGCGAGAUACCUCAACUGCAUCCUCUCUGAAGAUCUUCCAGCCAUAAGAGUUAACGGUGUGGAGGUCACUUUCUCCGACUCCAUUGAGUCGGAUCUGGGAGUCCGGUUAAUGAGCAACCUCUCCUGGGAGGGCCAUGUCAGCAAGAUCGUCAAGAAAGUCAGUUGCAUAAUACAUCAACUGAAACUCUGCAAGGAUCUUUUUCCCAGAUGUGUACGUCACUCUCUCGUCCAGACACUUGUACUGCCUCACUUCGAUUACUGCUGCGUACUCCUGACUGAUAUUACUGGCGUGCAAAAUGCCAAGCUACAGAGAUCGCUGAAUACGUGUGUACGUUUCAUUUGCGUGAAAGUAAUAACGGCUUUAAGUUCUGAAAAAUUGAGGGACCAGCCGCCUGACCUACGAAACCAUUUCUUCGAAGGAUGUCGUAGAUUUCUAAUUACGAACUGUAUAGAAUUAAAAAAGCGAUUCGAUUUCAAAGACCCUGUUCUUCCUCUUCUGGAAAGCUUCACGACGAUGAAGGCAAUGUCACAAAAUUAUCGAACUCAUAGACCGUCUCUGCUUCCGAUAAUGACGCUAAUGCCGCGAAUAGUCCAUGAGAAUUCAUAUCAGAAAAUCGAUGAUGAAUGGCGACAGCUCCCGUUUUUCACGUUACCUGGCGAUAUAAACUCUGACGAUAAUGCCGAUAUUUUUUGGAGUAAAAUUCUCAAAAUAAAAAACGAAGAAGUCGGUGUUUUUUCUAACUUGAUGAAAUGUGCGUUUGAUGCACUCGUAGUGCCACAUUCUAACGCGGAAUGCGAGCGCGUGUUCAGCAAAGUUAAUUUGUGUAAAACAAAAGUACGAAAUAAGCUGAUAACUGAUAGUAUAGAAGGGUUACUUUUAACCAGCCAGCAUUUGAAUAAAGAUUGCAUCAAGGUUGAGCCGACAAAAAAUAUGUUGGCAAAAAUGACUACGGCGACGCUGUAUCCCCAAACUCCUCAAAGCAAUCAAAGCACGGAAGACUCGGAGAAUGACGACGUUAUGUUGGGUGAUGACGAUGACUAACAAGUAUGUUCUCAGGCUAACAUUUCAUU